GCAUCAUUCACUUCUUUCUAAGAAUUGAAAAAUGUUCUUGUUCAAGGCAUUAUUGGCAACUUUGGCUGUGGUCGCUGUGGCAUCAGCUUCCAAAGAUCAUCAUCAUCAUCAUCAUUCGAGAAAAUCGCACAAAGGUGUGACUUUGCAUAAAUUGUGCAGCUGGAAUGUAGUCGAUUAUGAGAAAUGUUCGGAUCUUCAUCGUAGUGACCGUUGGGAAUCUUGCCAAUUGGAUGCUGGACGAGCUUACAUCCCAGAGAACAAUAUUCCCUUCAGCUUUGGAUUUUCCGAGUGUGGUCGUGUCUUUGUCAGUCAACCACGCAGUCGUACCGGAGUUUAUUCCAACUUGGGUUAUUUCCGUUUGUCUGACAUCGGCAAGGAUGAGUGCUGCCCUCCAUUGACGCCCUUCCCACCAAAAUAUAAUGCCACCCUUGGAACUGACUGCUGCACCGAAUUCGGCGUUGUCAAUGUCGAUCGUUUCACCAUCGAUAACUGCAACCGUUUGUGGGGACUUGAUAGACAAGCUCUCGGCUUAAAUGACAAACACUGGAAUUUACGUUCACCACGUUUGUUGGUCUUCGACUUGAACAAAGAUGUCUUGGUACGUGAAGUUGUCGUGCCCGCCGACAUGUACGCCGAUGGCGAAUAUCAACUUGGACUUGUGCAAGUAGUUGUCAAUGCCGACCGUAAAAAUCCCCAUAAUGCUCAUGCCUACAUCGUUGAUACCUAUAACGGAUGCAUCGUCGUCUAUUCGUAUGCCCAAGAUAAAUUCUGGAAAGUUUGCUCGCCCCAAUUCUACAAUGACGCCAAAUACAGUCGUUUUACCCUCAAGACCUGCAAAAACAAGGAAAUCACUUACUACAAGGACAACUUCAUUGUCGAUUGCACGCCCGAUCACAAGAACAAGCAACUUCUCUGCCAUUCGGACGCCUCCUUGGACGAAUUUGCCGUUGAUUUCGAUGAAUUGAAUCACGAGGGAGUUGCUCGUUGCUCUCCUGAUUCCUUGAGCGUGCAAUUCUUGGGUCAAAAGUGCCUGUAUGGACAAAGUAGCGUACACGCAUUGAACAAUGACAACCAAGUUGUGUGGACAUUGCAAGAACAACAAUAUGGCGUUGCCUGCUGGAAUCGCGAAAACCGUCUUCAUCCAGGAGCAGUUGAACUUGUCGUUUCGGACCAUCAUGCCUUGCCAUACGUCACUGACCUCAAAUUGACAGACUUGGAUUUGAGCCGUUUCUUGGAUGAGCCUUGCAAACACGAUGCUGACAAAUAUGUCGUUGUUCUUUCCAACAAUUAUCGCAGCAUUGUUGAACACGGAUUCGACCAUAAAGACGAAAACUUUGGUUUUUACUUCUUUGUGGAAGAAGAAGCUCUUGACUGUAAUCCAGAAUGCUUGUGCAAGGACUAUAAGCCACACAAAUCGCAUGAUCGCAAACACAAAGGAUAUGGAGCAUUAGCUUAAAUGAUGCUAAACGAACAUCUUUAGAUGUCAAUCGGUUACUUUUUUCGGUUUCUUUAUUAAAAAUGUGAAAAAAAGUAUUUAAAUAAAGUUAUUUGAGAAAAGUA